UCUGAUCAGUUUUAUACAGCGUUGCUCAUAUUGCAGAUGAAUUUAGAAAAUGCCUCCUAAAGAUUAUUUAAGCAGCUUCUGUAUACUUUUUGUGUGUCUCUUCGGAAUAAAUUCGUUUCGGUUGGUAUGGACUUCUGAUAUCGCGCGAUAUGACUACUAUCGCGUUUAUCAUGUGGAAUUAUCUAUGCAACAACACGUUGCUUUAUUCCAACAGUUGGAGGAAAAGAGUGACAGUUGUACAUUUUUUGGUCAUGCACGGCACCCAAAACAAAAAUUAACUAUCAUGGUAGCUGCGCAUAAAGUCGCCGAUUUUGCCGAUUUACUACAAACUUACGAUAUUAAGUAUGAUGUGUUGAGUUACAAUUUUCAAGAAAUCAUUGAUCGAAACCUCGCAGAAGUUCUUUCAAAAGAUAUUGAUCCAAAAAGUAUGGACUGGAAACAUUAUUUUCAUCUUGAAACUAUUUAUUCAUGGAUGAAUUUCUUGGUCCAAGAUCAUCCCAACGAUUUGGCAAUUAUAAAUAUUGGAGAAAGCGCCCAGGGUAUACCAAUCAAAGGCAUUAAUCUCAAGAAAAACAAAAAGGACAACGCUACAACAAUAUUCAUUGAAAGUGGUAUUCAUGCACGCGAGUGGAUAGCACCUGCAACAGCAAAUUAUAUCAUCAAUGAGCUUCUUUCAUCAAAUGACACGGAAGUUCAAAGACUUGCAGAAAACUACAACUGGAUUAUCCUCCCUGUUGUCAAUACAGAUGGUUAUAAGUAUACAUUCGAAGGUGAUCGCAUGUGGCGUAAAAACCGCGAGCUCUUUGGGAUUUGUCGUGGUGUAGAUUUAAAUAGAAAUUUUCCAUUCCAUUGGAAUUCUACUGGAUCUAGUGGCGAUCCUUGUCGUUAUGAUUAUUCAGGACCUUCGGCAGCGAGUGAAACGGAAACCAAACAAAUGAUAAAAUUUCUUCAAGAAAAUUUGACAGUUGACAAUAUAAAAACUUUUAUUUCGUUACAUUCAUAUUCUCAAAUGAUUAUGUUCCCUUAUGGACAUACAGCAGAUCACGUAGAGAAUUAUGAUGAUCUUUCAGCGAUUGGAAGGAAAGCUAGUGAAAAGAUAAAACAAGUAUCCGGGCGCACUUACAAAAGUGGUAGCAUUUAUGAGGUCAUAUAUCCAUCGAGUGGUGGUUCAAAAGAUUGGGCCCAUGGCGAACUGAAAAUUCCCUUAACUUUUUCAUUUGAAUUGCGUGGACCGCCCGACAGUAAGGACUUAUUUAUCCUUCCGGCUGCAGAAAUCGAAUCUACUGCGCAGGAGACAUUCGCAGCAAUAAUGACCAUAAUAGAAGAGUCUGAAUCAAGAGGAUAUUAUUCGUGAAAUUAUAGCGCACAUACAUAUACAUACAUACACAUAUAAAUAUUUCAAUACUCACUGUUUUAUUAAAAUCGAAUUUUGUAAAUUAGCGAUUGAUACGCUAGAAUUUAUAUGUUUCUUAAAUGCAAUAAAUAUAUUCUGAUUUACUUCGAUCAUUAACAA